GCAACAACACACACACACGCGCGCGCAUUUGGAGACCCAAGCACGGCAUUCGCACUGCACAUCGGGAUCCACCAACACACCGACGGACAGUCGACGGCUCCUUUAAGAAAAACAAAGUAAGAAAAUAUCACCCCUCCUUCUUCAGAUCUCCACUUGGAUGGUAUUGCAUCAAAGAAAACCUUCACUGGAGUUGCAAGUGAUCGAGGACACGAUGGGGACUGUUUUUGAACAUCUUUACAUGAAUAUCUGAAGAAUUCCAAGUGAGGGAAGAGCGCGACGAGUCAUCAUUAAUUAAGCAAGUUGACAACCUCGAUAUUGAUUGACAGCUUGCUUGUUGAGCGAGACUAGAGUAUCAAUGUUUUUUUUUCUUCUGUAAGGGGCAUUUUACACGUCUCAAGCGUGAAGUCGUAGCCGAGUGUCGCUUGUCUAUGAACGGUCUCCAGGAGAAAGAGAAGGAGCUCUGUACUGGAUUGUGGUGUUUUUAUCUACCCGUGGAUUUAUGCUGGCAGUCUAGCAACCAUCCUCUCUGGAGAGACGAGAACAAUAUUUUUAAUCUUGCAUUUGGAGUUAGGUGUUUAUUUUCACUCAGCCCUGGCCUCGUAGAAGACGUUUAGAGUCCGAUUGGAAUCGGCGAGAGUGACAGGCCGAUGGCGCAACGGUAUGAAGACCUUCCCCACUAUGGAAUGGACGGAGUAGGGCUGCCCUCGACUAUGUACGGGGACCCUCAUGCAGCGCGCUCCAUGCAGGCGGUUCAUCUGAACCACGGGCCCCAGUUCCACUCGCACCAGUACCCGCACUCAACACACGCCAGUGCCAUACCGCCCAGUAUGGGCUCCUCCGUCAACGACGCUAUAAAAAGAGACAAAGAUGCCAUUUACGGGCACCCUCUUUUCCCACUUCUAGCUCUGAUUUUUGAAAAAUGUGAAUUAGCAACUUGCACGCCGAGAGAAACUGGGGUCGCUGGAGGCGACGUGUGUUCCUCCGAGUCUUUUAAUGAGGAUAUAGCAGUAUUUUCAAAACAGAUUCGAUCAGAGAAGCCUAUAUUUUCAUCAAAUCCAGAAAUUGAUAACUUGAUGAUACAAGCAAUUCAAGUAUUACGGUUUCAUCUGCUCGAGCUGGAGAAGGUACACGAGUUAUGCGAUAAUUUCUGUCAUCGAUACAUCAGCUGCUUGAAAGGAAAAAUGCCCAUUGAUUUGGUCAUAGACGACAGGGACGGUGGAAAUAAAUCUGACAGUGAAGAUUUUACAAGGUCGUCUGGGCCUCUUGAUCAGAUCUCGUGGAGCAGAGACCACGAUGACACGGCAUCAGUUCGCUCGGCGGGGACGCCCGGGCCCUCCAGUGGGGGACACACGUCACACAGUGGGGACAACAACAGUGAAGAAGGUGACUGCAUGGACAACGGGGUGGCCUCUCCCAGCACUGGGGACGACGACGACCCUGACAAGGAAAAGAGGGAUCGUCACAACAAGAAACGAGGAAUCUUCCCUAAAGUGGCCACCAACAUCAUGAGGGCGUGGCUCUUCCAGCACUUAACGCAUCCUUACCCUUCGGAAGAGCAGAAGAAACAACUGGCCCAGGACACAGGGUUAACAAUCCUACAAGUCAACAAUUGGUUCAUCAACGCGAGACGAAGAAUUGUACAGCCCAUGAUCGACCAGUCCAAUAGAGCAGUGACUGGAGGAGGGCCCUACACCCCAGAUGGUCAACCAAUGGGAGGGUUCGUUAUGGACGGCCAGACACACAUGGGAAUCAGACCACCUGGGCCCAUGGGUGGGAUGGGCAUGGGUAUGGGCGUGGAGGGACAGUGGCACUACAUGUGACCCCUUGCGGACUUAGCACAGAGCCCAAAGGGACGCACUCAGAACUGCCAGGUAUUCCCGAGGACGGCGUGUCCCAUGGCGGUCGGAACAGCACGGAUAUGGGCAUCACUCUGACCUUCACUGGUGCCCCUACCAUCACCUCUACCCUCACACCAACCACCCCCACCGCUGGGGCAUGAUCUCUCAGUGUUGCCCCUCCCUCCGUGACUCUUCCGUGACCCAGCGAUAUCGAUUGCGCUGGUGCCCAGCCCAAACUCACCACCAUCACCUGACUGUUUGUCAGUAGGGCUGGUGCCCCCCCCCCCUUUCCAACUUCCCCCAUUUCCUUCAAGUGGUUCAGUCUGAGUAGCCACUGUUGCUGAACCACCAUCGUGACUAUGAGAGGCCUUGGAAACCCUAUCAUGCCUUGUGAAGACUUCUGACAUUGUGAGGACUUCUGACGUUGUGAAGACUUCUGACGUUGUGAAGACUUCUGACGUUGUGAAGACUUCUGACGUUGUGUGGACUUCUGACGUUGUGAAGACUUCUGACGUUGUGUGGACUUCUGACGUUGUGAAGACUUCUGACGUUGUGAAGACUUCUGACGUUGUGAAGACUUCUGACGUUGUGAAGACUUCUGACGUUGUGUGGACUUCUGACGUUGUGAAGACUUCUGACGUUGUAAGGACUUCUGACGUUGUGAAGACUUCUGGCGUUGUGAAGACUUCGGACGUUGUGAAGACUUCUGACGUUGUGAAGACUUCGGACGUUGUGAGGACUUCUGACGUUGUGAAGACUUCUGACGUUGUGAAGACUUCGGACGUUGUGAGGACUUCUGACGUUGUGAGGACUUCUGACGUUGUGAGGACUUCUGACGUUGUGAGGACUUCCCUUCUGGGGACUACAAUUACUGGAGCUCUCCAGUGGAUACUUCAAUACUCUGUUAAUUCAACCGAUACAAACAAACACUUAGUCCUUCACUUUUCCCCCCUCUGCUGCAUUGCAUGGACAGUUAUAGGGGGUGAAGACACUCUUGUCUUGGCAGUGGACUUGUAAGCAAGAGAAGAAGCCGAUGUCCGUAUUUGACUGGGGGGUCUUUUUAAAACAACAAACACCCUGGAAACCAUUCUUCUUUUUUAUAUAAUGAAAUUGUUGUAAUUGUGGAAAAUUACAAUAAGGUGAGGCAAUAGUGUCCUGUUUUACCACAAACUCUCUACGGACGAGUAACUAUUGCAAGUGCUCUGGUAUUGCUUUGCCGUACUGUGCUGUUUUUCAAAAAAAGGACUUGACUUGUCUAAUUCACACUAUGUGUGUGAGUCUUUUUUCAUAGACUUUUAUCUCCUACCCCCACGAAUCUCUUUGUGUUUGAAAAUAAAAAAUAAGUUACAGGA